AACCCGACCCGACCCGGCCUAACUUCAAUACCCAUGUAAACCGGUUUUCUUUGAAACGCAGAUCCCGUAAACAACAAAAUCUAAUCCGCCAUCGUUCUCGGCUAACAGCGGUUGCGUAGGAGCCGUUAGAAAAACUUUGAAACUACAAUUUCAACUCUUCUCACUUCUCUAUUCGUCGCUUGUAGUUUCUAACGGCGUUCAACUCUCACAGUCUGUCAGUUAGGGUUUGGUUUUGAAAUAGGAUUGCGGUAUUGAAAGUUUAUGAGGACGAACGUUCUUUCCAGAUCUGAAUAUUUGUUAGCAACGUAGAUGCAGAUUCAUGUUAUCUUUGCUCGAUUCAUUGCAUUUCACGUAUACGAGUAAAGCGAUGCCGGCUAUGAAUCAGAAGACUGAAUCUGAUGAUUUUGGGCAAGUGUUUGAAAAAUUGGAGAAGGACAUUGGAGAACCUGUUGAGUUUGGACUUCCUGAUUGGGUAAAUAAGUCAAAACCUCAGUAUUCAAUCAUAAGGCGCAAUAUAUAUCGAACAAAGAAGGUUAAGAGGCGAGCUCGAGAGGAAGAUGAUGGAAUAUUCUGUUCCUGCAGCGCAUCAUCCGGUUCUUCUGGUGUCUGUGGUAGAGAUUGCCAUUGUGGGAUGCUACUGUCAAGCUGCUCGUCUAACUGUAAUUGUGAUAAAUCAUGCCUUAAUAAACCAUUUCACCAACGGCCUAUGAAGAAAAUGAAGAUAGUGCAGACUGAAAAAUGUGGCUCAGGGGUUGUUGCUGAAGAGGAUAUCAUGAGAGGGGAGUUCAUAAUCGAAUAUGUUGGAGAAGUUAUUGAUGACAAAGAGUGUGAAAACAGGCUUUGGAUAAUGAAACGUCAAGGAAAGACGAACUUUUAUUUGUGUGAGAUUAACCGUGACAUGGUGAUUGAUGCUACAUUCAAAGGAAAUAAAUCAAGAUAUAUAAAUCAUAGUUGUUCUCCAAAUACCGAGAUGCAGAAAUGGAGGAUUGAUGGUGAAACAAGAAUCGGCAUAUUUGCAACCCGGUAUAUCAAGAAGGGCGAACACCUGACCUAUGAUUAUCAGUUUGUGCAGUUUGGUGCAGACCAGGAUUGUCACUGUGGUGCUGUAGACUGUAGACGGAAACUGGGAGUGAAGCCUAACAAAUCAAAGUUUCCUUCUUCAGUUGCUGCACUAAAGAUGGUUACAUGUCAGGUGGCUAUAAACUCUCCAAAAGUAAAAGCACUUCUUUCUGGUAAAGAUGCUUACAAUAAUGGUGUUCGACAAGCAGGAUGUUCAAUGCAUGCCAUUAAUCAAACAAGAAUACCUCGUAAUUGCAUUGGGCAAAUUCUUGUAAUACUACGCCCUGGGUCAGAGAAUUUAUAUGGUAGCAUCAAGCGGUAUGACACCAACACAGGAAAACACUUGAUCAUGUUCCAAAAUGGUGGCACUAAGCUCCUUGAUUUGAGUCAAGUUGAUUUUGAGCUUUGUAACGCUUAGCAUAUGGUGAUAUAACGGAAACGCGUGUGCUGAAACAUUGGUGCAGCAGAGUAUUAUUCUUUUGAUCUGAAUCAUAAGUGACUAAACGGUCGAAUCAGGCAGGAGAGGUGUUUAUGAUCUGCAAAAUCAUUGGAUCCAUCCUCCCAUCUUGUUUGUUGUUUUGUAGUAUGUUCUUUAAAAAGCUGGUUUAAUUCUUUGUAAAUCUGAUAGAUUAAAGAAUCUAUCUUGGUUAUUCUCUGUCUCCAAUACUUGGAAUAUAGUUUAAUGAAAGUCUUACAGUAAACUAAUUUCUUUGAA